AUGGCGCUGCAUGGCGGGUACACGGAGCACUUCGUGGGCAGGGUGUCCAGCCUGGCCCGCCGCGUCUCCCGCGCCACCCGCCGCCUCCUCCGCCACCGCCUCCGCUACGGCGUCAGCGCCUCCUCCUCCUCCUCCUCCUCCUCCUCGCGCAGGAGGACGCGCCCCGUCGUCGACCCCGCCGCGGGCAGCGGCAGCGGCAGCGUCGCCGACUCGCGGCGGCAGCCGGCCGGCGGCGUUGUGCCGACGGCGGACGGCAAGGGAGACGUCGCCGACGCCGACGCCGAGAACGAAGAGGAUGACGGCAUCUGGCGCCGCGCGAUCCUGAUGGGGGGCCGGUGCCAGCCGUUGGACUUCGCCGGGGCGAUCCACUACGACAGCUUCGGCCGCCGCCUGGCGCGCCCGCCCUCGGCGGCGCCGCGCUGCGCGUCGUCGCUGUCGUGCCGCUCCUCCGACAGCCUCGCCACCUACCUCGAGACCACCGAGGUGUGA